AUGCGUCUCUCACAAUAUCUUCUCUAUGCAGCGUUCUUCUACACCGGCGCCAACGCCUUUAUUCCAUACAGCUUUAAGAUCGGCUUGAAGACCGAUUCUAGCGACAGUCCAGAACGCCGGUUUGUGCCGGUGAAGAAACUAUCGGGGAAUAUAGCGGACGAAACACAACAUGACGAAGCGGAGGACUCGAGUUCGGACGACAGCCUUUUGAGUUUGGAUAUCAAGACCCAUGUCCGCCGUGAUAACAUCUACAAAGUCGUCCUAGCCGAUAAACCCACGUCGCCAAACACAGUCGCCCUGCACCAAGACGGCCUCGAUUACUCGUACUUCUCAACGGUGAAUGUUGGGACACCCGGGCAGCCGGUAUGGAUGAUGUUGGAUACGGGAGGUGCGAAUACCUGGGUGUUCGGGGCAGACUGCACGUCUGAACCCUGUCAAAUGCACAAUACGUUUGGCGACAAUUCUUCAUCGACUGUUAAGACGACGGCGGAUACAUUCGAGGUGGGAUAUGGGUCGGGCAAAGUCAGCGGAAAUCUCGUCACAGACCGCCUCAAGAUCGCCGAUAUCAACGUGCAGAUGACCUUUGGCCUAGCAACCAACGCGACGGACGACUUUAGAGAUUAUCCUAUUGACGGGAUUCUGGGCAUGGGCCGGUCCAACGAUACCUCCAUGGGCGGCAGGCGAGCAUUCAUGGACCUUGUCGCUCAGGAAGGGGAUCUCAAAUCCAACAUUGUUGGCUUCCACAUGUCGCGCAACUCGGACGGAGAAAGGGAUGGGACUGUUACCUUUGGCGGUGUGGAUAAGACCAAGUUCAAGGGGGACAUCUCGUACACCAAGGUUGCUGAAUCAAGCAUCCACUGGAGCAUUCCAUUAGACGAUGCGAGCGUCAAUGGCAAAGCUUGCGGUCUCACUGGAAAGACCGCCAUCAUCGACACUGGGACAUCGUACUCGCUCAUCCCUCCCAAUGAUGCAAAGACCAUACAUGCACUUAUUCCAGGCUCGAAGCAAUUGUCGGACGAGAACUACCUUGUCCCCUGCGACUCGACAGCUAAGGUGCAGUUUACCUUCUCCGGCGUUAGCUACACCAUGUCUCCCAAGGAUUAUAUUGGAGCGAGCCUAGAGUCCGGCAAUGGCUGCGUCUCUACUAUCAUCGCUCAGGCCGUAUUUGGCGACGACGUUAUGAUUCUCGGCGACACUUUUCUCAAAAAUGUCUACAGCGUCUUUGACUACGACAAUGACCGUAUUGGCUUUGCCCAACUUCCUGGGUCUGCUUCACCUGCUACGACCACCACGACGGCGACAGUUGCCUCGCCGACAGACACAUUCGCUACCGAGAGUUCCAAGUCGGGCUCUGCCAAUUCAUCCACUUCUACUUCUACAGACCCUACUUCGACUUCAGCCGAAUUCACCGGCACGGGAACGAUUCUCGGGGGUUUUAGUUAUAUUUGGCCGUUGGCCGCCCUUCUAUUCUUGUCUUGUAUUUAUUAG